ACCAUCAUACGGGCAACCUUCAGGAAGUAAUACGAAUGACACAUUCGCGCCAAAGACAACACGCAAUACAAUCACAGCCAUGCCAAUGAUGGCUCGCACCGAAUACGAAGCGUGAAAGAGCGGUUGGCACUGGCGUUUGGAGAUCAACUGCGCCAGCUCAGCAGGCAACAGGAUUUUUGUAUUGAACUUACCCUACGCUAUCCGACUUUGUCUUUUUCCUUCAUUUUUUAACAAGAUCAUCAUCGUCGGCGGUGGUAUAUCGGGACUUUCGACCUACCUGUUCUUCCGGCAGAGCUUUGCUCAGAACGCGGAGAGGACGGAGAUCAAAAUAUACGAGAAGUAUCACCCGCGAGCUAAGGUGAGCUCCUCGAGCGGGGGAGCGCCUGAUGCCGAGGAGCACGACCUGGAGGAGCUGUCGUCCAGCACGGCAAUUGUGGGGGGCGGACUCGGCGUAGCAGCAAAUGGAAUGCGCAUCCUGCGCGAGAUAUCGACGGAGCUCCACAACGCGGUCGCAGCGCAAGGCUUUCCUUGCGACAACUUUAUCUUCAGGGCCAGCAGGGGGUGGAAACUGAACGAAUCCACGACUUCGGACGACAAGGGGGAGGUCUGCAUUGCGAGUUCGAGACACGGGUUGUGGAAAUGCCUUAACGACGCCGUGGGAAGCGGCGUCGUGCAGUAUAAAAAGGUGAUCAGGGUGCUGGGCCGCGACGACACGAGCGGGCCGAAGGUCGUCUUUGACGAUGAUACCGAGGAGGCCGCCGAUCUGAUAGUAGGUGCGGACGGCGUGAAGAGUACGGUAAAGAAUGCUAUCUUUGGACCAGAGGAGUAUAAGCCAAUCUACGAUAAGUUGAUCGGCGUGGGAGGCUUCCUUCCCAUCCCAUGCUCCAAAGAAUCUCUGGACAGGAGGGCCAUGGUCUUCACGUUCGGCCCCAAUGGUUUCUUCGGCUACUCCCCAAUAGCGCAGAGGGAGUCCAUGUGGUGGUCCACCAUACACGCCGACGACCUGCCAAGCCAGUCGCGCAUCGCGCUCUCUGAUCUGCGCAAGCAACUGCAGGACCAUCACGGGAACUGGAAGGAUCCUUUCAUCCAGAACAUUAUCCAAAAGGCCGACGUCUCACACGUCUAUCCGACCUGGACCACCCCGCGGCUACCCUACUGGAGCAAAAACGGGCUCAUCCUCGUCGGGGACGCCGCGCAUGCCAUGAAUCCGACCUCGGGUCAAGGCUCAUCCCAGGCUCUUGAAGACGUAAAGACGCUCUCAAUCUGCUUGUCGCACUACCUGUCCCAGACGUCGCAGAAUCUGCCCCUCGGGGACGCGAUCGACCGGGCCGGCGAGCUCUACUACCGUGUGCGUUCCCCACGAGUUCACGCCAUCGUUGCGCGGACGAACAAGAUUGCCAACGCUAAGAGGGAAUUGAGCUUCGUGGAGGAGAUGAUGACGUACGCAUUCAUCUGGUUGUUGGGCAGGUUCCCGUCCCUCGGAAAGCUGCUCAUGGGCGACGUGAACAAGGAGCUGUACGGCUGGGACGUCUAUGCGGAGAUUCGCAAGGCGUUGAAGGUAAAGGGCGAAGGUGAUCAAAUAACUGGACCAGACGCUCCGUUGUCAUGAUGUAUCUUACGCGGACCGUGGGUUCACCAAGGCAAUGUUUGGGUCUUCUCCGCUCCCAUGUCGUCUUCGCGAAGGACAAAGCUCA